CGGCCCGGCCCGUUUGUCUUGCUAUCCGGUUUCGUCUCGCCCUCGUCUCCAGCGGCCCGGACGGCGAGCCGGAGACGGCGCCCAUCUCAAUCUCAACGUAGCGGCACAUCGAUUCCCGGCGACCAAACGAUGCGGCGGCCGGCGGCGAGUGUCUCUGUAGCAUCGAAGGUUCAGUCUGUACCCAAGAAGGCCAAAGAGAUGAUACACUUUUCUAGAGAUCAGCUGAUUGGGUUGGCAUUUGUUGCAUUUGGCAUCAUAUUAUUUGUGGGUUUCUUCUACGCAGCUGUUGUGUCCAAAAUGCUUCCGCCUUAUGAGAACUGGCUUCUAUCUGCCAUCCAAAAUGACAGGUAUUACUGCCUACUCGUACCCUUGACACUUCCCGUGAUAAUUGUGGCUGUCUAUCUGCAUUGGCUAAGCAUGAAGAUGUUCAAGCAUGCCUGAAGAAUUGCACAUCUGUUUUGCAGAAGCCAGUUUUCUAGCGUAAAUUUUGAUGGCAACAUACUAAAUUGACCUCAUGGUGUCAUUACUAGAUAUUAAAAUGAGCACAUUUAUGUGUAGAAAGUGUAGUUGUAUUUGUGAAAUGCUUAUGGUGGAAAAUACAUAUUUAUUUGUUAAAUGUUUA